GGGAAGGAAUUGGGAGAUCCGCCAUGGCAAGUGAUGCUGAACCAGCGAAGCUUCUCCUUCCAUUCUUGCAGAGAGCCGAUGAGCUUCAGAAGCAUGAGCCCCUUAUUGCCUACUAUUGUCGAUUGUAUGCGAUGGAUAGAGGACUCAAGAUCCCUCAGAAGGAGCGCACGAAGACUACUAGUGCCCUCCUUGUUUCUCUUAUGAAUCAGCUUGAGAAGGAUAAAAAAGCUCUUAAAUUAGGGCCUGAAGACAACUUAUAUGUAGAGGGCUUCGCUUCAAAUGUCUUUGCGAAGGCAGACAAGCAAGAUCGUGCCAGACGGGCUGACCUGAAUACUGCGAAAACUUUCUAUGCUGCUAGCAUUUUCUUUGAAGUUUUGAAUCAGUUUGGUGAACUUGCGCCGGAUAUUGAACAAAAGCUAAAGUAUGCAGUUUGGAAAGCUGCGGACAUACGGAAAGCUUUGAAAGAAGGAAGAAAACCAGAACCAGGACCUCCCGGUGGUGAUGAAGAUCUUUUUGUGUCAUCAGUUUCUCAAACCGACCCAAAGGUCCUAGACUCAAAUGAAAGCAACCAAACCAAAUUUUCAAGCGGACUAUCAUCUGGCCAGCCUGAGCAGGAUCUGGGAAGGGAGAGUCUUAACUACCCUGGAGCCAAUCUUUCAUCCCAGCCUGCACAUAAGGAUAUGGGAAGGAGUGAGAGUUUCAACUCUGCUGGAGCCAAUGUUUCUUCUCAACCUCCACAUAUGGAUCCGGGCCAUAAUGAAAGCUUCCACCAUUCUACCAACGUCAAUCCGCAUGUUACUCCACAAGCCAGUUCUUCGCUAUCUUCCUACUCCAGCAAAGAUUAUUCUACCAACGAUUACCCACAGUUUCCUCAACCUUAUUCACAGAACUAUCAUCAGACAUAUUCCUAUGAACAGCAACCCUCUUUUGCCCAAAAUUAUCCUUUAGAAAACUCAAACCCCACCGCUUACCCAAACUUCCAAUCUUACCCAAGCUUUCAGGAAAGCUCUUUUCCUUCUGCACCAACUCACCAGCCUUCUUACUACCAUGGCGCCGAUGUUCCCUAUUCCCAAGAACCAGCGGCACAAUACAGUAAUUCCACUAGUGCAGGAAAUCAAGUUGGAUCUUCGGUUCCUCCUACGACGAACUAUAAAUACGACAGUAAUUAUCAGCCUUCUGUGGAGAAGAUUGCAGAGGCUCACAAGGCGGCCAGGUUUGCUGUUGGUGCUCUCGCGUUCGAUGAUGUUUCGGUAGCUGUGGAUUUCCUUCGUCGAUCUCUCGAGCUUCUCACAAAUCCUUCUGCUGAACUUCCUUGAGUAUGAGUGAGUUUUUUUUAUAUUUGAGGUGGUGUUGCUCCUUAUACCAUGAAUUUACAGCUCAAAUUUGUAUAUAUGUUCUAUUUUCUUAUGGAACAACUAUUGUGGCUUUCAAAAAA